UCGAGUUAGUUUUGUUAGGAGAAGGAGGAGGAUUGUUAUGCAGCGUGUCACGAUUUGGUGAAUUAAAGAACGAACGACGAACAGGGAGAGAGAGAAAGAGAGAGAGAGAGAGAGAGAGAAAGAGAGAGUGAACGAUAAGAAGAUUUAAAGAAUUUAAAAGAAAGAGAAAGAAAGAAAUAAAAAUGUUGAAGGAAUAUUCGCCUAUAGUACAGGCCCUUUUAGGGACACUAUUUACGUGGGCCCUUACGGCAGCGGGUGCCGGCCUUGUCGUCAUCAUACGCGGGAAACAGCGAAAAUUGUUGGACAUCAGUCUUGGAUUUGCUGGUGGCGUGAUGGUAGCUGCAAGCUAUUGGUCCUUGUUGGCGCCAGCUAUUGAAAUGGCAACGGAGAGCAAAAUUUAUGGAGCCGAAGGCGAAUACGCAUUUAUACCGGUUGGAGUUGGGUUUCUCAUAGGCGCGGCAUUCGUAUACGGAACGGACGUGUUGAUAUCUUCCCUUGGCAUUCAGUCCCCCAAUGUGCUUUUAGCUAUGCAGUCAGUCGGUACGAAACAAAGAGGCAAGGUCCUUGCAAAACUAAAGAGUGACGAGGACUUAGACGAUAUCGAUACGUUUAACGACGUACAGAUUUCCGGUGGAAUGAUGUACACUCAUGUCGAUUCGACUACUAUCGAUGGAUUUUACGAACAAAAUGCAAGAAGAAGACAAGUUACCAAUGUACAUAGGCCAUCGGAAUCGGCUGAGAUAAGUACGGUUUACGAAGAUCCCAGUAACGAAGUUAAGAAUAAUCAAUGGAGGAGAAUAUUGCUAUUGGUUGUAGCUAUUACGGUGCACAAUAUACCCGAAGGUCUUGCUGUUGGUGUCGGUUUCGGAGCGAUAGGAAGCAGUGCAUCAGCUACUUUUGAAAAUGCAAGGAACCUAGCAAUCGGAAUUGGCAUUCAGAAUUUUCCAGAGGGUCUGGCAGUUUCGUUGCCUCUUCAGGCGGCAGGUAUCAGCACCCUGAAGAGUUUCUGGUACGGACAGCUUUCUGGUAUGGUAGAACCGAUCGCUGGUGUCCUUGGCGCUGCGGGGGUGACGUUAGCGGCACCUGCUUUACCCUAUGCAUUGGCCUUCGCUGCAGGAGCCAUGAUCUAUGUUGUCAUUGACGACAUCAUUCCGGAAGCUCACGAAAGCGGAAAUGGUAAACUCGCCAGCUGGGCCGCCAUCGUGGGUUUCUUGGUGAUGAUGUCUUUGGACGUGGGAUUAGGCUAAGAGAUCGCUAUACAACGAUCGUCGUGCUCGGAAAUGUAUAAUCCAUAUAUAACGAUAUAUAUAUAUAUACAUACAUACAUAUAUAUAUGUGUGUAUAUGUGUAUAUGUAUAUAUUCGCCUAAUUCGAGUCACUAGAAUCGACGACUCCUAAUUUUUAUUUUGGUGCAUCGAUCAAUUAUUUUUUCUUCGAUCAAUACUUCCACGUAUCGAUUUUAACGUUCGAUCGAUCGAUCGACGAAUAAAUAGAUAGAUAGAUAGAUAGAUAGAUAGAUAGAUAGAUAGAUAGAUAGAUAAAUAAAUAGAUAGAUAGAAUUUUUGUACGAAAGAUUUUAUAAAGAUUCGUACGAUCCAGGUUAUUUCUUUUUUCUUUUUUUUUUUUUUUCUUUUUAAUUUUCUUAUACAUCUUAACUUUUUCAAUAUUUUCUUUUACACACAGACAUAUAUAUACAUAUAUAUAUAUAUUUAUUUUUAAUCUAUUUAUAUCUGCUAUAUGUAUUAUACGAUCGUGAAUAGAUAGAUCAUCGAUCAAAUGUUAAAAUCGUCAUUGAUCUACUCAGGGCACACUGAUCUUCGUUGUCGGUCGAUGUUGCGAAUUAUUUCGUUUUUUUUUUUUUCUUUUCUUUUCUUUUUUUUUAAUGAGAAAAUAUAGAUCGAUAAAUGAAGAUAAAAAAGAAAAAAAAGGAAAAAGCAAAAAAUAAUUCAAAUCGACGCGCGCAAUGUCGAGAAACGAGUACAUCCAAUCAGACAGUCAGAGAGUUAGAGAUAGAUAUCGAUAUUGAUUAUCGAUCUUUCUUUCAACUUUUAUCUUAAAAUUUAAUGGAUCAAUUAUUUCCUUUUUUCUUUUUUUUUUUCUCAAUCCUUCAUCCCCCAAAAUUUUUUAAAAAAGCGUCGAUUUAAUCGAACGAUAUUUGCAAGAUCGAUCUUCUUUUGGCCAUAGUCCAAACUUUUCUAGGAUAUUUGUAAUCGUCGUUAACGCAACUAACUGGCGAGAUAUUAUCGUAAAUCGACGAUAAGAUGUUUUUUUGAUACCCUGCCGAGUUUUUAAUGUCGUCGUUCGUGCAAAAUUUAUUUUUAACGAGCCGUAUCGAAUUACGCGAAUUAUUUUAUGAUUCUUUCUUUCUUUCUUUCUUUCUUUGUUUCUUUCUUUCUCUUUUUUGUCUAUUCUUUUUUCUCUUUUUUUUUUUUUAUCUCGUCCUCUUUCAGUAACCAUUAACGCGAACGUCGAGAAUUAUUGACGUCAGAUACUCUAUCUGUUUUUUAUCUACGAGGGAAAGACAAAAAAAAAAUAACAAUCAGUAUCUUUUAAUCGAAUCAAUUUACUUAUCAAUGUACCUCUCUAAAAGAAUUUAUUCCGCGAAAUA